CAUCGGGAUGGGACUGUCACUAGAGGAAUACAGUAAAUGGUACGGGAAGUGGCAUGGCUGCCUGAGCUUAAUCGUCUGCUGUUUUGGAAUCCCGACUAACAUUAUCAACAUUACAGUUCUCACAAGAAAACACAUGCACACGCCAAUUAACACCAUUCUGACAUGGAUAGCGUUUUUUGACAUCGUAACUAUGAUGGCAUAUUUGCCAUUUGUUAUCCAUUUUUAUAUUGAAUUUCCUACUAAUUCGCUCUCUCCAGAAAAGAAUAGUCAUGGAUGGAUGAAUUUCCUGUUGUUUUACAUUAAUCUAUCCACGUUAACUCAUACGAUUUCUAUAUGGCUCGGGGUUUCAUUAGCUAUCUUUCGCUACGUCCAUAUUCAUUCACCGGAAACUGGAAGUUUGACACAUAUGCGCCGUAUCACGCAUUGUCGAAUUGCAGUGUCCGUAGUGAUAGUUGGAUCAAUUCUCCUUUUGAUUCCAAAUUAUAUGUCCUCAAAACUCGUGCCCUUGGAGAGAAAUGGAACCAUACUUCCAAAAAUAAAAGUUCUCGAUGACCCACAUCUUGGAACACCAAAUGUAAAAGUUGGCGUGUUUAUCAGUUUUAUUUUGUAUAGCAUCAUUGCUAAAAUAAUCCCUUGUAUGUUAAUGAUGAUUUUCGGAGCAUUGUUGCUCAAGACUUUAGAUAACCAUGGGCGAGUUAACCGCAAAAAGCUGUCUAAAUUGGGUGUUGUGAUGAAUCGUCCUUUGAACACAUCACGAACCACUGCCAUGUUGCUCAUUGUAAUGGUGCUCUUCUUAGUGACAGAACUUCCGCAAGGGAUAUUACUCGUGAUGAGCCUGACUCUUCGGAAUUUUUUCGAUACUGUUUACAUUCCACUUGGGGAUACAAUGGACAUCCUUGCCUUGAUAAACAAUAGCAUUAAUUUUGUUCUGUAUUGUUCUAUGAGUAUAGAAUUCCGACGUACCAUUUCAAAAUGGAUUCGGAAAUGUUUGGGAGCAAGUAGUUUAAUAAAUGAAAACCAGAAUAAUUUUGAAAUGAAAAACAAGAAUUCAGGGGAGGCAAAGAAAACCAAAACUAGCAAUUCAGCCGGAAACACCACAACAGAUGAAAUGCAAAUAGGUCUGCCUUUAACAGGAUGUAGCGAAUCUUACAGCGUAGCAGAAAUUAACAGCCCGUGCUGCAAGUCAUUAUCAGACAUCCAGAUUAAUGGCGAGAUAUUAUACAGUCAGAUCUCAACGGAGGCUGAGAGUGAGAAACUGAUAUUCGAAGAAAGCAAUGACGAUGAGAUAUCCGAGACCAUUCCACUGGCACAUACUGCCACGCAUUCCUGUUCUACUGACGUGUAAAACACUCACUCUGCUGACCCACUGUUCUUGUGUACAAUGAUAUUCAAUAUUGUUUUUUUUCUUUUUACUUGAAACUUAUAUAAAUGAACAAAGGCAUCUUUAUAUGGUCUGACUUCGUCCACAUAUUUCACGAGAAAAUUAUUUUCAGCUAAAGGACGGAGACGGUGACUGAUUUUGUUUAUUUACCUUCAUAUUUAACUCUUCAUAUUUAAUUAAGAUAUUAGAAAUAUUGCUGCUUUUCGAAAAAAAGGCUGUGUUAUUUAUACUUCAUUAAUGCUAGAUUCUAUUUGCUGAGAAGGAUAGAACUUGAGAAAUGAUGAAUUUCAACGCGAUCGCUGAUAUUCUUGUUUAAUCAACUUGUUUGUCUAUAACGAACUUUGUUUUUGAAAUUUGUCGUAGGUAAUGUUCUUGAGAAUUGCAGGUGAUAAGGUUUAUUUUUACACCAGUAAAGGA